AUGGGCAUCCAAAUUCUACCUCUAACCGGGGAAAUCCGUGAACGAAAGUCGAUUCGUGAUCUUAACCCCGAAGAGUUGGAUAAGUUGAUCAAAGCCUGGCGAUACAUUCAAGAACUUGAUCCGGAGGAGAGAAACUCAUUUUUCACUAUUGGCGGACUUCACGGCGAGCCUUUUCGCGGUGCCGGCUAUGACAACUCCCAAUGGUGGGGAGGAUGGUGCCACCAUGGGAAUGUCUUGUUUCCCACCUGGCACAGAGCAUAUUUACUGGCUCUUGAAAAUGCUCUACGCAGUGCCCCAGGUUGCGAGAAUGUAACACUGCCCUACUGGGACGAGAGUGACGAUCAAACAGCCGGGGGGCCACGCGGGGUGGCAGACGGGCCGACAGCUGGUGGGGAUGUGUCGACCGGCAUCCCAGACAUUUUCCUUCAGAAAAACUACAAGGACGGAAAGCCCAACCCUUUAUAUUCUUACAAACUGAAGAAAAAAGUUGUUGAUCGCUUAUCGGACAUUCCCGAUGCAGAUUACAGCAAACCAAAGGGGUAUGAGACGUGUCGCUACCCUUAUUCUGGUCUUCUGGGAGAGAAUGACAGGGCGGCAACUCAGCAACACAAUAACUUCCUGGAUAAAAACUUCUCUCGGAAGAAAAUAAACGACCUACUCAACCGAAACGUUCAAAUCUGGCUAAAAUUGGGUGCCUUCGUAAAUGAUAAGGGCGAACCAAUAAACAGGGGCAGCACGCGCCAGAAAUUCUGGGAUUGCCUCAGAGUGCCAGACUACACGGUUUUCUCGAACACAACUUCUGCGGAAAAGUUCAAUGAUGAGCAUUUCAGUGAAACCGAACCGGACCCUAAAGUGAAGACCACGGAUGGCCCCGGUUUCCAAUUUACCUCUGGUCCUGCCGUUGCUCUGGAGAGUCCUCAUAAUGAUAUUCAUCUGGCGAUUGGCGGAGUCGAGGUUCCAGGUCAAGAUAUGGAUCAAUAUCCCUACGCGAACGGCGACAUGGGAGAGAAUGAUACGGCGGGUUUUGAUCCGAUUUUCUAUUUCCACCAUUGCUUCAUUGAUCACCUAUUUUGGAAGUGGCAAACAGAGCAUGGAAAGACCAAUCCUGAAAAUAUUUCCAUCUGGUCUGAGUAUCCUGGAACAAACAGCGUGGACUUCCAGGGCCCCACCCCUGGGAUCCAAGGCAAUACCUGGCUGACGCUGGACACACCUCUCCAGCCUUAUAAAUAUGAACUCAGGGACGUGACGUCAAAGGAUAUGAUUAAUAUCGAAAAGAUCGGCUACACAUACAAAGUGCCGGAGCAUGGCAAAGGCUCGGUAUUCAAGACACCAAUUGCUCCACUGCCAAAGCGACCUACAUCGUCACCUCCAAUAGUACGAAUCUCUGGAAUUAAUCGCAGUACUAUUGCGGGAUCAUUCGCCCUAGCUGUCUCGCAUAAUGAUAACGACAACAGUGAGCCUCAGGUUAAAGCUAUCACGUCCGUACUCAGUCGGUGGCAUGUGCGGGGCUGCGCAAACUGCCAGACUCAUCUAAAUACUACAGCCUUUGUGCCAUUGCAUGAGAUUGAUAAAAAGCGUCGGCACGAAGACUUUGCAUUGGCUGUGCAUUUGCACACUAGAGGCAAUCCACGUGGAGCAAGAAUUCACAAUGUCAAAUUGGGGAAGCUUGCAUGA